AUGUCGAUUGGUGUACCCAUAAAAGUUCUGCAUGAAGCAGAAGGUCAUAUUAUAACAUGUGAAACAAUAACUGGUGAAGUAUACCGUGGAAAACUUAUCGAGGCAGAAGAUAACAUGAAUUGUCAAAUGACACAAAUUACGGUAACAUACCGAGAUGGCCGGACGGCACAUUUGGAAAAUGUCUAUAUACGCGGAUCGAAAAUACGUUUUCUUAUACUGCCGGAUAUGUUGAAAAAUGCACCCAUGUUUAAGAAACAGACGGGGAAGGGGCUGGGUGGAACGGCGGGUCGAGGGAAAGCGGCCAUACUUCGGGCACAGGCACGAGGCCGUGGACGAGGUGGUCCUCCCGGUGGUGGCAGAGGCGGACCGCCAGGUGCCCCGGGCGGUGGUCGUGGUGCUUGGCAAGGUGGUCCAACUGGUGGUCGUGGCCGCGGUGGAUUGUAA